CAACCUCACGAGACUUUCCCACUGCGCUGACUGGAACUUCCUUGAAGCAACUUCGUUUCACUUUUCAUUCCUUUAAAUUUCCCGUUUUGAGAAUAGCACGGAGGUUUUAAUUAACAGCGUUUACUUAAACACACACAGAUAGAACACGAAGAGUUUUAUUAAAUUUGUCCUAUGGUUGCUUUCAAGAUUAAAGCAUGGCUGCCCUAGAUGCCUCUAGCAAUAUAAAAGAAGCGGAGGAUGCCGCACAACUGCUGAGUGACGCCAUCAACUCCCGAGACAAAGAUGAAGCCACUAAACACCUGGAUCGACUCCUGGACCUGAAACUCCCCGUGUGUGUCAAAAUAAAUCCAGACGUGUACUCUAAAGACAGCAUCAGAUUGAGGGUAGGAGUGGCGGACGCCGUAUCAGACGCCCACAUCCCAAUAACAGUGCUGGUUCCUCUCUACAUGACGGUCUCAGAGCUCAAAGAAAAGAUCAAUAAAGACUACGGCUUCCACCCGGCCCUCCAGCGCUGGGUGAUCGGGAAGCGUCUCGCCCAGGACAAAGACACCCUGUAUAAUUACGGAGUCCGAAACCACGACGAUUCUGCCUUCCUCUUCAUCCGUUCAGCCCAGACUGCCCAACUGAGCCGCGAACAAGAGAGAAAAGAGAAACAGGACAGACGGAUUGAUGUUAUAAUAGAGAACAUCGGCCCCCGACCUCAACGCUCACCAGAGCUGCUCGCCAGAGGAGGCGAUCUUCCUCAUCCUCCUCCUCUACCUCCUAAACCUCAGAAGAUUGGUUGGUCAUGUCCCGAGUGCACAUACCUGAAUAAACCCACACGUCCGGGGUGCGAGAUGUGCAGCGCAGCGAGACCUGAGAACUAUACAGUGCCGGACCUGUACCAGCCGGACCAGACUGAAACCAGGAGACUCCAGCAGGAGGAACUCGCCAGCCUGCAGUACGAGCAGUCUCUGAUAGAAGAACGAAAGAAGAAUUUCCAAGAACUCCUGGAAACAGAUUCCCAGAGUCUGGUGGGGAACACGGAUGAACUGGAUUGCGCCAUCUGCUUUUGCACCAUCAUGCCAGGAGAGGGCGCCGUGCUGAGAGAGUGCCUCCAUAGCUUCUGCAGGGAGUGUCUGAAGGAAACGGUUCUGAACUGCACGGAUGCCGAGGUGGCGUGUCCAUAUAGAGACGACGCUUAUUCCUGUAACUGCAUACUUCAAGAUCGAGAAAUCAAAUCGCUUCUCUCUCAGGACGAGUACCAGAAGUUUCUGGAACUGAGGCUGAACAUCGCAGAGUCGCGCAGUGAGAACAGUUACCACUGCAAAACGCCCGACUGCGCCGGCUGGUGCAUCUUCGAAGAUGACGUCAACGAAUUCACGUGUGACAUCUGCAAUGAGAACAAUUGCAUCCUCUGCAAGGCUAUUCACAAGGGAAUGAACUGCCAGGAGUACCAGGACGACCUGCGUAUACGAGCGCAGAAUGACGACGCAGCCCGGCAGACCACGCAGAUGCUGGAUCAACUCCUGAAGAACGGCGAGGCGAUGAACUGUCCAAAAUGUCAAGUGAUCGUCCAGAAGAAAGACGGCUGUGAUUGGAUCUGUUGUCUGAUGUGCAAGACUGAGAUCUGCUGGGUGACUAAACAAGCCCGAUGGGGGCCAAAGGGUACCGGAGACACAUCGGGUGGUUGCAGAUGUCGAGUCAACGGAGUCAUCUGCCAUCCACAGUGCCAGAACUGCCACUGAACAAUGGCGGCAUACGUGAACGCUGCUUCUUCAACAAGCAAAAACCUGCGCUACAGUAACACAACACUUAUGAAACGUCUUACAAUAAUCCAGGUGAGGUUAAUGUGCCACAGUUGUGGUUGUACCUUUAAAACGUUCACUUUCUCUUGUCAUAUCACUGGCACAGCAAGCAGAUUCAACGAUAUGUCACAGGAGUAAAAGAUUCAGAACGCGUUUACAAAAUUAAAAGUAUCUGAGCUUUUAUAGAAAGAAAAAAAUGCUUUAAACAGUCAUUAAUCACUACUAUUUUCUGGCGACUUGAUGCUCUGGGACUUUGUGCAAUGCUAUUGUAAGAGAAAAGACUUAUUUUUGGUGAUUUUUUUUUUAUAAUCAAAAGAUUUUCUUGUUGUGAAAUCAUAGUAGAAUAUGCAAUAUGGCAUGAUGAAGAACUGUUAAAGAAAACAAAAAAUGAUGCAUUGACGAUUAAAUUAAAUGCACAACAAAUGCAUACAAUUGAAUGGAUUGUAAUCAAAUUAUAUAUAUA